AUGUGGGAUCAAUUGGAACCAACUCCCCCGCACAUCACCUAUCUUGUCCUUCCACUCUUCCUAAUAAUAUAUGCCCUCUUCUCCAAUUUCAUUCGCAACCAUCUUCAUCUCUCAGAGCCUCCUCUUGCCGUUAUUUUUGGCAUCAUCCUCGGCCCCUAUGUGCUCAAAGUACUCACUCCACGAGAUUGGGGGUUUGACGAUGAGAUCAUGCAAGAAAUCACGCGUGUGAUUGUAGGUAUUCAGUGUUUUGUUGUUGGAAUAGAACUUCCCAAGCAUUAUUUCAAAAGACAUUGGAAAUCCGUCCUUUAUUUAUUAGGUCCAGUGAUGACAUUUUCAUGGGCUAUCACUGCUUUGUUUGCCUAUUUCAUUUUCCAGACUACUGUUCCUACAGCUCUGAUUAUAGGAGCAUGUCUCUCGCCAACUGAUCCUAUCCUUGCUGCAUCGGUCCUCUCGAAAUCUCGAUUCAGCGAAAGAGUCCCUCCUCGUAUUCGACAUCUUCUUUCAGCCGAGUCGGCAUGCAACGAUGGUGUCUCUUUUCCAUUCCUCUAUAUCGGUUUGGUGGUUUUCACUGCUCAUGGAGGUCCUGGUGGAGCGAUCAAAGAGUGGAUUACCAUCACUCUGCUCUGGCAAUGCGUACUUGGUAUCGUAACAGGUCUUGUACUUGGCAAUAUUGCUAAUCGACUCCUACGAUUCUCUGACACUCGCGAAUAUAUUUCAAGACCAUCAUUUGUUGUAUUUUACCUUCUCCUCGCCAUCCUUUCCAUCGGCAUUGGAUCAAUCCUCGGCUCCGAUGAUUUCCUAGUCGCUUUUGGUGCCGGCGUCGGUUUCGCCCACGAUGGAUGGUUCUCCAAGAAAACCCACACGGUGCCGUUUCCAGUCAUCGUAGAUCACAUCCUCAAUUCCAGCAUGUUCGUAUACUUCGGUGCCAUCAUCCCCUGGGAUCAAUUAGAGCCAACAGCCAUCACACCCCACGUCAAACCCUGGACUCUAAUCCUCUUCCUCAUCCUCACUCUCCUCUUCCGCAGAAUCCCCAUUCUUCUCCUGACCAAACCUCUCAUACCCGAUAUCCGCACGUAUCGCGAAGCGCUCUUUGCAGGACACUUCGGUCCCAUGGGCGUAGGCGCCCUGUUUCUGGCUAUGGAAGCACGCGCUCAGCUCGAAACGGGCACGUCGCUUCCUCUUCCCGCGCCGGAAUUUCCUCAACCCGGCCCGGUAGGUGAAGAUAUAAAAGCCAUUUGGAUCAUAUGGCCAGUGAUUUGUUUUGUGGUGCUAGGAAGUACCAUGGUGCAUGGAUUGAGCGUCGUAGGCAUUAGUCUCGGAAGUCACUUUUUGAGAAAGGAGGGCGAGAGAGCACCGUUGUUGGGGGGUGAGACGGAGGUUUUGGAGGGUAUGGUUCAUGAGGGGGGUGGGGGCGAGAGUGAACCUGAGGUUAGUGGAAGUGAAGCGGAAUAG